CGAGACUACAAUGUCUUUCGUCAGAUGUAAAACUCUCUACACGGGAGAAUCUGUAAUCCUGAAAGUCAAGAAUGCAGAUUCGACAAUUCUGCUAGACCCAGGAGUCAUAGUUCUCCAGACCCAUACUGUCUAUGUCACGCCAGAUGCUAUAACAGAUUCAGUUCCCAACCGAUCUCCU